AUGAAUAAUUAUUCUGAGAGAGCUAUUAAAUGGAUGAAAGUUUUAGGUUACUUACCAUCUGAUGGAAUUAAUUAAUUCUUAGAUGUGAUGGAACAGAAAUAUAACUAAUUUGUAAUCGAUAUCACAAAGUCUAAUGAGCUGCUUAUUUUUCAAUAACUGAGCCAGUAUACUUUGGAGGUUUCGACAUAGACUGAGUAAUAGGUUGAAGAAUAAAAGCUAAAAAUAAUUUCAUAAUAUAUGAAUAUUGAAUAAUAUCAACAGAAUGAACAACUUUACAGUAUGAUAGAAAUAGAUAAUAAUCGGAUUUUGUCAAAAUAUGAAUUUUUAAAAAACCCGUGUAAUUUUAAUAUUUAAUAAUUAUUUUAUACAAAUAAUUAUGCAUUCAAAUCUAACUAAAAGGAUGCAUAUUCCACAACUUACUUAGAUGUAUUGAAACGAAUUUUGUACAUUUAUUGUAAAUUACAUCCAAAUAUUGGAUAUAUAUCAGGAAUGAACUAUUUAUUAGCCCCAAUAGUUUAAGUUAUUUAAAAAGAGGCAGAUUGUUAUUUCUGUUUUGAACUAUUAAUUGAAAAAUAAUAACAUUUGUUGUUGUAAUCAGAUAACCAAAAAGGGUUAAAGGCCACAAUGAAUAGCUUUGAUGAAUUUAUAAAGAACAAAGAACCCUAAAUUUAUGAUCAUGUAAAUGAAUUAGGGAUUAUUUUAUCCCUCAUUUUUGUUAGAUGGUUUAUAACUCUGUUUACAUCAGAUUUAGAUAUCCAAAUAGUAAUAGAGUUAUGGGAUAGAAUGUUAGUAGAAGAAUAUUAAGAAUACUAAUUUAAAAUAAUCCUUGAACUAUUAAGAGCUUUAAAAGGAAAAAUAUUAAAAUCAAAUAUCAAUUAAUUCCUAGAAUUGAUUUCAUUUAAAAAUGAAAAUUAAGUGAAAUUAAUAAAUUCUAUUUUAAAAAAAUGAAAAUUUUUACAUUAUAUAAUAAUUAAUAAUUAUUAUGAAACAUAUAAAAUUAA